CCCGGGUUUGGAGCGAGCUCAGGGAAAAGGUUCUCACGGCAGUUGGAGUCAGCUCGGAGCUCGCGGUUCUAUGUCGCCGAGCACAUCAACAACGGUAUUUAACGGUUAAAGCACAUUCACAGUUAUUUCCCUUUAAAAGAGAGCUCAGGAAACAUCACCGGCAAAAAAAAAUGCGAAGAUCUUCCAGUUGGCCACGACAGCAACGAUGCCUUCCGGGAUUGAAGUAGCAUCAAGAUCAGCUUGAAAGCGGUACCCACAUCUGAUUCAGAGUGACUAGGGUCACAACUUUGAGAGCAAGAUCCUCCAGAUGCUUUGCAAGGUCUAUGGCAUUGCCAAGAGAGGCUCCACGCCCGAUCAUCCAGAGGGAGUGAACACUGAAAAUAAUUCAACCAUACUCUGCAUGACUGUUGUGUAUCAAAAAUAGUCUGAGUGGCUCCUGGACAUGGUUUAUUUUGGAAUGGCACCCUGUUCUCACCCACAGGCUAUUUCUCCACGCUAUCUUUUCUUUGGACAAGACCCAGACCUUACAUAUCCUUGUGCUCACCACAUCUACUGAUGGAAAUGGACAGGUAAAUGAAUGAAUAGCUAAGCAUCACACGAGCUAACCUAGGAGUUCAAGAUGGCAUCCACAAGAUCCAAGAAAGGAACACUAAGAAGGAAAUUGAUUGAAUAAUAGAGGUGCUGAUUGGACUGACUUUCCCCAGUCAGAGCAAGAGUAUUCUUCCUAAUCAAUAUUAGUGGUCAGAAUAAGCCCAAAAUUCUGAAUCAUACUGAGUCAUCAAACAGCUGGACACACAUGGCCACACCAAUAUUAUUAACCAAUAGCUGGAGAGCAGCCUCAGAAAACAGUUCAUUGAGUGGGAGUUGUUUCAUGUCAAAAUUAUGUAAUGGAACCUGAAGUUGUGGUGCCUGAUAGCUCAUACGGAAGAGCAAAACAAUGAGGUACCCUGGAGUUGGUUGUGAAUCCAGGGAAUAUAUGCAAUGUGAGGAAGCCUACUCCUGGUAGAUGGCUCAGAGAUGACUGGCUGGGACGCAACAACCCCUGGAGACCUGACCACAGUAGACUGCAAUGUGGUGAUCUGCUGCACAGACUGGACCCCAUGAAAAGCACCAAUAAAAGCUGAGGAGGUUAUCUUGAAGAAAUGUUGGCUAUCACCCGAAACUUGCCAUUUUCCUGGAUCGGUAAUGCAAGAAGAGCAUGCUGCAAAUAAUGAGGACCCAAACAUUCUAGCCACCAUAGCACAAUCAAACUUGCUAAUCACAUAAUUGUUUCAUUUCACUGCAUAUUUGUAAAGGCCAGAUACCAAUGGAAUAAAGAAUUCUGACGUCAUGGUUUUUGGGCUGUCCAUGCGCUUGAGUCUCACAUUGCAAAGUAUUAAUGAAAUAUGUCUAGAAAAAAAAUCAUAUUUCCUUUAAGCAUACCUAGUAUUUAUGCGGAGAGAUCAGUAAAAGAGGUGGUGAGCCUUUACAACAAGUUUCUGUCUUUCAGCAAUGGAUUCCAUCUCCAUCAUGAGGAAUGUGAAAGACGCCAGUGAGACCUUCUUACCGAAUGACAUGAGUGGCUUUAAGGAAGCAUCCAAGUCUGCCAUAGGGAUUUUAGGAAGUGGAGACUUUGCAAAAUCACUGGCAAUCAGAUUAAUCCGAUCUGGGUACGCUGUUGUAAUAGGGAGCAGAAACCCCAAACGAGCUGCUGGGUUCUUCCCUCCAGUUGUUGAAAUUGUGCAUCAGGAAGAUGCUGUUUUGAAAACCAAUCUUAUAUUUGUUGCUAUGCAUCGAGAGCACUAUACCUCCUUAUGGGACCUCAAGCACUUACUAAUAGGCAAAAUCCUCGUGGAUGUGAGUAACAAUGUACGAAUAAACCAAUACCCAGAAGCCAACGCAGAGUACCUUGCUUCACUAUUUCCAAAUUCUACUGUGGUAAAAGGCUUUAAUGUAAUAUCUGCCUGGGCACUGCAGUUUGGUCCAAAAGAUGCUAACCGACAGAUUUACAUUUGCAGCAAUGUGAUGGAAGCCCGGCAGCAGAUCAUUGAACUUGUUCGGCAGCUGGACUUUACCCCAGUUGAUAUGGGAACAUUGGCUUCAGCAAAGGAGAUAGAAAACAUGCCCCUUCAUCUCUUUACCCUCUGGAAAGGCCCUGUGCUUGUGGCAAUUGGUUUAUCCAUAUUCUUCUAUAUAUAUUCAUUCAUCCGAGACAUUGUUCACCCCUAUGUGAAGAACAAACAGAGUGACUUCUAUAAAAUUCCAAUUGAAAUGGUGAACAAGACCUUGCCUGUGGUUGCGAUUACUCUCCUCUCACUUGUAUACUUGGCAGGUUUGCUGGCAUCUGCUUUCCAGCUGAAUUCUGGAACUAAAUAUCGUCGUUUUCCUGCCUGGUUGGAACAUUGGCUGCAGUGUCGUAAGCAGUUGGGGCUUUUGAGUUUCUUUUUUGCCUCAGUUCACACCAUCUACAGUCUCUGCCUUCCAAUGCGUCGCUCAGAACGAUACUUCUUCCUCAAUAUGGCUUAUCAACAGGUUCACAUCAACAUUGAAAAUUCCUGGAAUGAAGAGGAGGUAUGGAGAAUGGAAAUGUAUAUUUCCUUUGGAAUUAUGAGUCUGGGUCUUCUCUCAUUGCUGGCAGUUACAUCUAUCCCUUCAGUCAGCAGUUCAUUGAAUUGGAGGGAGUUCAACUUUAUUCAUUCUACACUUGGUUAUGUGGCCCUUCUUAUCAGCACCUUCCAUGUUCUGAUUUAUGGAUGGAAACGAGCCUUUGAGGAGCAGUACUACAGAUUUUACAUGCCGCCAAACUUUAUACUAGCUCUUAUUCUGCCUUUCACUGUUAUCCUUGGGAAACUUAUUUUGUUGCUUCCAUGUAUCAAGAGAAGAUUGAGGAAAAUACGCAAGGGUUUGGAAAAGAGCCAAUUCACAAAUGACACUUCAACAAUACUUCUUCAAGCAUCUCCAGAAAGAGUAACUGUUAUGUGACAUUUUGCCAAACAUUGAUUCUAUUCAAAGCCAUUCAAGUUUAUGAAAUUGAGACCUCUGUGUUAAAUUUGUUUAAAUAUGCUGUAAAUUAUAGACAAAUCAUCUUUGGAACUUCCUCUGUGUUUCUUUGCCUGCUGGCUAAUGAUGGAUUCUGUAUUAAUUGUAAACUAGUGAAUAGUUUGUGAGAAUUCAUGGUUUAUCUCAAAAGAUGAACUCAGUUCGUAAGUAGAAGGAUAUGAUUCAAUUGUCUGUUUUGUUUAUGCCAGAUUUUAAGUUAAAUACAUUAAAUUAGUUCAGUAUUUAAAUGGUAAAGUGCAGUGAUUAGUAAUGGUAAACAUUUUAGUAAUAUGCUGUCUGCACACAGUUGGAAGAAUCUGUUAAAUAUUUUUAUUUCUGUUCUGUUGCUUACUUGGGAGAAAAUUUGAUUAACCUUACCUGUCUCUAGCAUUGCCAGGAAUGCUCUUUAUAAUCAUUACUUAAAAUACCAUGCUAAAAUGUAUUUUCUGUAUAAUAAUGUGAAAAUUAAGUUUAUUUAACAAUUUAAGAAAAUUAUUGCUAAGGAAAUGGAUAUUGCUCGCCAAAGUCUCAGGAUGUAAUUAUAUUGUUGUACCAGACAGUGUGAUGAGAUAUGUGGUUGGCAAUUUAGUCUGUACUGGCAUUUGUUUUUUCUAAAAUUCUGCUUCUGAUAAAUUAG